AUGGAAGGAAUGCCAGCAAGAGCUUUGGCACCGUUAAAUACGAGCGGUGAUAUGGCAAUAAACUGGAAAAGAUUUAAGCGGCAGUUUACAACAUUCCUAGAUGCUUAUCAUGAUAAAGCUGCAGAUAGUAAAAAAGUAGCAAUAUUAUUACAUGCAGCGGGAGAGGACGCACCAGAAGUGUUCGAAUCCUUUCAGUUAUGCGAGGAGGACAAAAAGAAAUUAAGUGUGGUAUUUAAAAAAUUUGAUGAAUACUAUGUGCCAGCAACAAAUACAACAUAUGAACGUCACUUAUUAUUCAAUCGGAGGCAAGAAGUGGGAGAAUCCUACGAUCAUUAUAUGGCCACGUUAAAAAAUAUGAGUUUAAACUGCCAACUGGGAGAUCUAAGAGACAGUCUAGUUAAAGAUGUAUUCAUAAGCGGAGUACGUGAUAGAUGUAUCCAGGAAAAACUUUUGAAUUUGGUCGAGGUAGAUAUUCAAAAAGCCCUCGCAGUCUGUAGAACACACGUUACGAUAUCGUCUCAAGUUAAAAGAAUAAAAACUGAACACGAAGAAGAAGAGCAGGAGAAAACAAUUAAACAAGAACCCAGCAUUGAGGUUCUUCAAAGGAAUAGAAGGGGGACAAAGAAAAGAAGUCAAAUCAAUAUUCUGGAAGAACGUCAGACAGAAGAUGAAGAUGAAGAACUCAGGGUCCAAGAACUUCAAGUAUCAGCGAUUGAUGAUAAUAAAUCCGGCUCAGAUGACUGGUAUAUUGUAAGUCUGUUGGUUAAGGGACAAAAAAUAGAAUUUAAAUGUGAUUCAGGGGCGCAGGUUAAUGUAUUGAGUAUGAAACAAUAUAGAAAACUUAAAGGGCUGAAAACCAGUGAACGACUAGGAUUGAUUGUCAGAGAAGAAACGUUAUCAGAGGAGGUAAAAACAUGGAUUCCGAAAGAAUACCGAGAGUUGUUUGAUGGUCAAGUGGGACGCAUUCCACAAGAAGUCAAAAUUCAUAUAGAUCAUCGAGUGAAACCAGCAGUGUUACCCGCAAGGAGAAUUCCACAUGCAUUAGUACCACGGGUCAAGUUAGAACUGGAUAGGUUGCAAAAUAUGGGCAUUAUUGAACGGAUAACGGAACCCACUGAGUGGGUAAGUCAAAUGGUGAUAGUAUGCAAAAAGGAUGGAUCACUACGAAUUUGUUUAAAUCCUCAACCGCUUAACAAGGCUAUUAAACGAGAGUAUUUUGUAUUUCCUACAAUUGAUGAAAUUUCUGCUAAACUAGUAGGAGCCAAAUAUUUCUGCAAACUCGACGCACAAUCGGGAUUCUGGAUGUUACCGUUAGACAAAGCUAGCUCAAAGUUGUGCACUUUCCAAACAGCGUGGGGAAGAUAUGCCUUUAAAAGGUUACCGUUUGGAUUGAAUAGUGCUCCAGAAAUUUUUCACAGGAUAAUUUCAUAA